AGCUUAGUGGGGUGUCGUUAACAGAGGGUUGGGGGAGGGGAAUGGAGGUUACCUGCUGUCCCUCUGUCUGGCUUUCUGAAAUAGACUCAUCAUCUGAGAGAGAGGAGGAGAGAAAAAGGAAAAAGAGAGAGAGAAAGGGGAUAGGAAGGAGACAAUAUAGGGAGAAAGAGGUGAGCAGAGACAGAAAGGGUGGGGUGAGCAAGUGAGAGAGAGAAACAGAGCUGCCUAGAGGGAGCAGCAGACACUGACAGAGAGAGGGAUAAAGAGAGAGGGGAUAGAGAGAGGAGGUGGGGGAUAGAUAGAGAAAGCCGAGGCCCUAGUUCAUUUAUCAGUGAGCAGCAGACAGCGUGAGCGAGUGAACAAACCGACACACUUGGAGGAGAGAGUGACUGGUAACCAUGGCGCAGCCUUCUCUGUGUGCAUCACCGGGUGCUCGUCGUCGUAGCAACGGUUCGGUGAGAGAGUGUCUAUUUUUCCCCGUUUUGGAACGCAACGAACAGGAGAGACUGGAGGCCCUGGUGAGAAGAAGGGAGAGAACAGGAGAGAGGGACAGACAGAUGGGGGAGGACAGCAGAUACCCUAUGGAGAACAGGCCUAAACGCUGGACCUGGGGAGGACCACCCGGAGGGGAAGAGGGUAACCCUAAGACCCCACCCUCUCAUGCUAUUGGCUCAGCUCUGCCUCAUUAUCCCGCCUCUGCUGCCAGUCCCAACCAAUCCAGGAACGUGUGUGACUUCCUGACACCACCCUCCCCGGACCAGCCAAUCACUAAACGCCUCUCCAACUCUUCAGCCUCCCUGCACUCACCAGAAAGAGCAUCCCCCAGCCCCCAGCGACCGGCCUACAAAGGUUCCCCCUCCAGGAAGGCAAGCAAUGGACCCCCGGAGGACAAGACCCCCAGAACACCCACAACAGAGAGAGGCCCCGCCUCCUGUCUGACUGACUCUUCAAUGAGACGCCUCGAAUCUCCGACCACUCCCACCCGAAGCUCCUCCCCCAGAGCCAAUAGCAAAGCAGUGGGCACGCCCAAAAGGGUGAGGUCGACUAAGAGUCGUGCCCAAUCCCCCUGCUCCCCGGGACAGUACCCUCCCUCCCCCCUCCGCCAGCGACCCCCGGUAACCGAAGGCAACCAUGAGGCCAGGGGUCAUGGAACCCUGGAGAGGAAGUCCUCCAAGCCGGAUGCAACAGAGAAGAAGAUCCCCAAGUCCUGCAGCAGAGACCUGGCUGCAGAUUCUCCAGGUACGCCCACAGGCAGGAACGUUGCCGGGACAACGGAUGCAGAGGAGGCGUCUAGACUGUUGGCUGAGAGGCGGCGUCUGGCCAGAGUACAGAAAGAACAGGAGGACAAACUACGACAGGAGGAGGAGAGGCUGAGAGCUGAGGAGGAGCUGAGGAGAGAGCAGGAGGCACGGGAGCGGCAGGCGAUAGAGGCACAACGAGCAGAGGAGGAGAGAGAGAGACGGGAGGGGGAGAGAGAGAGACGGGAGGAGGAGAGGAAGAGCAGAGAACAGGAGGAGAGAAGGACCAAGGAGAGACGAUGGAAAGACAUGCAGGAUCAGCUGGACCGAGAGAGAGAGGAGGCGUGUCUGCGUGCUCACAGGGAGACAGAGAGGAAGAGGCAGGAGAGAGAACUGCUGCAGGUACAGGAGGAGCAGGAGAGACUGCAGAGGAAGAAGCGGAUUGAGGAGAUCAUGAAGAGGACGCGUAAGAGUGAAACGGACUCCUCAUCCUCAGGUGUAUGUGAUGUGAACAGGGGCCAGGCAGGGCAGGGCAGGGAGCUGGAUCAGGAUGAGUCCCCCCUCAUCACGCUGGGCCCCCUGGAGAGAAAGAGCUGUGGAGGGGACGAGCUGUCUGACGGGGUACAGUCUAUGGACGUCAGCCCUGUGUCCAGGGAUGACUUGGGUAUCGUUCAGGACUUCUCUCCUGUCAGCGAGGCGUUAAACAGCAUGAGUAACGCCCGAACCCUGGAGCACCUCCUGGACCUCACCGCCCUGCCAGACACACCCCCCUACCCCAGGCUGCAGCCGGGUCGUGCUGCAGCCCUGGGAGACCUCAACAAGAACCUGCUGAUACAGGGUUAUAACCCCGCCUCCUUAACUAGCUCCUCCCCCAGGUCCGCCCAGCUUCUCCACAGCCUCAGCCCUGGCAAACUGGACGUCUAGUAACCAGGGUAUUGUAUAGGACUAUUGGCUGUUGAGUGAAAAGAGAAGCUAGGAGCAGCAGGGGGGUCUCUGCUCUCCUCCUUCCUCACCAAAACUAGAGAGUGCGACCAGCUCCCUGCACCUCCCCCCCUCCUUCCCCCCCCUCUCUUCAGGGGAGAGACCCUCCCCAUGUACCCCUGGACUCCACAGAAAGCAACUGCUCAAUGUCUGGCUCCCCCUUAUAUCUACAACUCAACACAUCUACAGCUGAAUUCCCCUAUGUAAACACACACUGACAUGUGCAUACACACACACACACACACACACACACACACACACACACACACACACACACACACACACACACACACACACAUACACACACACACAUACACACACACACACGGUUAAUACUCUCCCAGUAAAGUAAAGCUUUUUCUCUGUGCCCUGGCUGUAUGAUAUUGUGUAUAAAGGUGUGUCAGUGUUUGGAGGCUGAUGUAAUAUGGUUGUGUUAUCCUCCUGUAGCAUUAAUUAUGUGGUUAACACUGACCCUGUAGCACCUUCACUGGAGAACACCUCCUCCUGUAUAUACUGUAUACUGUUACACAGCUGUAACUCUAGGUAGAAGUUGCACCUAACCACAGAUCUAGAAUCAGAUUAUUCUAACCCUCGAUAAACUUAACCUUUGGGCAGAUGAAAAUGUAAUCUGACCCUGUAUCAGUGGUUAGGGGCAGCGUCUGCCUACUUGUUGUAACGACUACGUUAGGAGUUUCUUUCUGUCAGUGUUUCUAGUGGUGGUUGGUUAUGAUCAUCACAGCACCACUGACACGCUGUAUUGCUGUUCACCAGGAGUCUACAAUCGCUAUGUAGAACUCAGCUAGCCAGUCUAAAUGUUUGCAUCCUGCAACUGGAGAAACCUACUCAUCUACAGAUGUGGAUGAUAUGGUAUAGUAAGACAAAAGUCUGGCCUCAGUUGAUACGCUUCUGUCCACCAACGCGCCAUAUUUUUAGUGGUGCGUAAAAAAAUACGUGGAACACUGGAGCAAUUCUUAUUAUAAUCUAAGCAAAAAGAAAAGAAAACUGUGAACAGUCUUGUAUUUUUUGCUAUUUGCAGGGCUGGGGGUUAUUGGCUCGCUGUGUGUGCACUAGCUGUGGUUUAGUUACUGUCUGGUCGUGUAACACAGCUCUGAAAAAACUCCUCCCUACUCUUCUGGAAAUACUGCUCUCUCUAUCUUGCCUCUGCUCUGAACUGGACUGGACUGUAUAUGCUGCAAAUCACAGUCCUAGCAACUAGCAGUCAACCUACAGCAGGGGUCUCCAACUUCGGAGCUACUGGGUGGUCCUAGAGCUAUUGGCUGUGCAGGCUUUCAUUCCAGUCCUACAGUAACACACCUGAGUCCACUAAUCAUGGUCCAGACUGAAGACGGUGAUUAGGGCAGGGCUGGAACAAAAGCCUGCACAUUCAGUUAGUGAACCCUGUCCUACAGUGUCUCAUCAGUCUGUGUAAUCACUCAGUCAGUCAACAGCUAUAUUCACUAUGACUGUGGCUUUACCUCAUGGACAUCUAUCUCACUACAGAGGACACUUCACAGUCUGCUGUCUACUACUGCUGGGAAUUCUACCAAUCAUACAUGCUUCCUGUACUGUAACGGUCUUGUACCGAUCUUACUAUAACACUUGCCUUGCUUUGCUCUCAGGGCGGGUGUAGGUCAGCAUGUGUGCGCCCUCCCCUCACGGUUUCAAUCUCUGUUUCAGUUCCCCCUGAAGGGUACUGUGAGGUUUCAACCACUCCUCACAACCCAGCUAACGGUGUGAAGGGAUGGCCACUGCCUAGUGUCUAUAAUGGCUAAUGUUGAUGCUGUAUCUCAAUUACUGGACUAGAGUAGGUAAAGGCCUGGAAUGUCUGUUUAUCUUUGCUGUCUUCAGUGCGCUUUACUCUUGAUUUAGUUGCCAUGUCAGUCCGUCCAUCAGCCAGUCCGUCCAUCUCUCUUCCUCUCUCUUUCUGUGCUCGUUCAUAAUCUAAUGCUUUCUUUGUAUCCCAAGGGUAAAUGAAGUAAACUUAAGACUUAAGUUCUGAAUGUUAUUCACUAAAAAUCACUUAACACUGUCACUGCAGCUUGGUGGAAUAUAUAACUUUUGACGUGGUGCAUGGAUCUAACUGCUGAAAACAACAAUAAAAUGUCAUCAAGCCA